GCGGCGCGGGCGGGGCGCACUGCCCGCUGAGCACCCGGCGCGUCGCUGUCUCCAGGCCUCCUAGCCAUGGACGACGAGGACUCGAGCCGCAAAGUCUCCCUCCGAAGGUUCCUGGAGCAGCUCUCCGGGGCUGGCAAGGCCAUCGGAGUGCUGACCAGCGGCGGGGAUGCCCAGGGUAUGAAUGCUGCUGUCCGCGCUGUUGUGCGCAUGGGAAUAUACGUAGGAGCCAAAGUGUACUUCAUCUAUGAGGGUUACCAAGGCAUGGUAGAUGGCGGCAGGAACAUUGUGGAGGCCAACUGGGAAAGCGUCUCGAGCAUUCUGCAAGUGGGAGGGACCAUUAUUGGCAGUGCCCGCUGUAAAGAAUUCCGGACUCGAGAAGGUCGCUUGAAGGCUGCUCAUAACCUGAUUCAGCAGGGCAUCACCAACCUGUGUGUCAUUGGCGGGGACGGAAGUCUCACGGGGGCCAACAUCUUCCGGAAGGAGUGGAACGGGCUGCUGGAGGAGUUGGCCAAAGAUGGCAAGAUCAGCAAAGAGGAGGUAGAGAAGUAUGGCUAUCUCAAUGUCGUGGGCAUGGUGGGCUCCAUCGACAAUGACUUCUGUGGGACCGACAUGACCAUCGGCACUGACUCCGCCUUGCACAGGAUCAUUGAGGUCGUGGAUGCCAUCAUGACCACCGCCCAGAGCCACCAAAGGACCUUUGUUCUAGAGGUCAUGGGCAGACACUGCGGGUACCUUGCCCUGGUGAGCGCCUUGGCUUGUGGGGCAGACUGGGUGUUCCUUCCAGAGUCGCCCCCAGAAGAAGGCUGGCAGGAGCACAUGUGCAUCAAGCUCUCAGAGAACCGUGCCCGAAAAAAAAGACUGAAUAUUAUCAUUGUAGCUGAAGGAGCAAUUGAUACCCAAAAUAGACCCAUUACCUCUGAGCAGAUCAAGGAGCUUGUGGUCAAACAGCUGGGGUAUGACACGCGAGUGACCAUACUUGGACAUGUGCAAAGAGGCGGGACACCUUCAGCCUUUGACAGGAUUUUGGCCAGCCGCAUGGGCGUGGAGGCCGUGGUCGCCCUUCUCCAGGCCACCCCAGAGACCCCGGCCUGUGUGGUGUCGCUGAGCGGGAACCAGGCCGUGCGCCUGCCCCUGGUGGAGUGCGUGCAGAUGACCCAGGAUGUACAGAAGGCGAUGGAUGAGAGGAGAUUUAAGGAUGCUGUGCAGCUCCGAGGAAGGAGCUUUGAAAACAACCUGAACACCUACAAGCGACUUGCCAUCAAAUUGCCAGACUCUCAGAUCCCAAAGAGUAACUGUAACGUUGCUGUCAUAAAUGUGGGUGCACCUGCCGCUGGGAUGAACGCAGCCGUGCGCUCAGCAGUGCGCAUGGGCAUUGCGGAUGGACACAAGAUGUUCGCCAUCUACGAUGGCUUUGAGGGCUUCGCCAAAGGCCAGAUCAAAGAGAUCGGCUGGGCAGAUGUCGGAGGCUGGACUGGCCAAGGAGGCUCCAUCCUUGGGACAAAACGUACACUGCCUAAAAAGUAUCUGGAGGAAAUUGCAGCACAGAUCCGCACCCACAACAUCAACGCACUGUUGAUCAUCGGAGGAUUUGAGGCCUACCUGGGAUUGCUAGAGCUCUCAGCUGCCCGGGAGCAUCACAUGGAGCUCUGUGUGCCCAUGGUCAUGGUCCCUGCCACUGUCUCCAACAACGUGCCGGGCUCUGAUUUCAGCAUCGGUGCAGACACGGCCCUGAAUACCAUCACCGACGGUUAUGAGGGUAUGAUCAUGUUGGGUGAUGCCCGCAGCAGCCACCAGGAAUUCUGCUUGCCUAUGUGUGUCCUGCCUGCCACCAUGAGCAACAACAUCCCAGGCACAGAGAUAAGUCUGGGCUCUGAUACCAGCAUGAAUGCGAUUGUAGAGACCUGCGACCGCAUCAAACAGUCGGCCAGUGGGACCAAGCGCCGUGUGUUCAUCAUCGAGACCAUGGGGGGCUACUGUGGCUACCUGGCCAACAUGGGGGGCCUCGCCGCAGGAGCCGAUGCAGCCUACAUUUUUGAAGAGCCCUUUGAUAUCAGAGAUCUACAGUCCAACGUGGAGCACCUGACACAGAAGAUGAAGACCACUAUCCAGCGAGGGUUGGUGCUCAGAAAUGAAAGCUGCAGUGAAAACUACACCACUGACUUCAUUUACCAACUCUACUCGGAAGAAGGCAAGGGCGUGUUCGACUGCAGAAAGAACGUGCUGGGCCACAUGCAGCAGGGCGGAGCGCCUUCUCCAUUUGAUAGGAACUUUGGAACCAAAAUUUCUGCUAGAGCCAUGCAGUGGAUCACUGAGAAACUGAAGACAUCUCAGGGAAAAGGAAAAUUUGUAACAGAUGAUUCUAUCUGUGUGCUGGGAAUCAACAAAAGAAAAGUUCUUUUCCAACCUGUGGUAGAGCUAAAGAAAGAGACAGAUUUUGACCACAGAAUCCCCAAAGAGCAGUGGUGGCUGAAACUGCGGCCGCUCAUGAAAAUAUUGGCCAAGUACAAGGCCAGCUACGAAGUGUCUGACUCCGGUGAGCUGCUAGACGUGCACAGUGGCCACGAAGAGCAUGCUGCCAUCUAGACGCAUGGGGCCCGCCUGUCCACCAGUGAUGCUUCCCAUUUCCCGUCUAUCACCCAUUUUUGUAACAGUUAAGUUAUUUAUCAGGACUUUAUGUGAGUACUGUUGACAUUAAUACUAAUCACAGCAUACCCGCCACCUGUACCCUUCGCCCGUGGAUCCUUAAGAGACCCAAGAGUUUUCUGCUGGACCUUCCACCCCACGUCCUGCUUUAAAUGUACACACCCAGUGGAAUUAAACACUUGGCAAAACUCAGUACUCUCUUCAGUU